UGCUGCCCUUUUCUCCCUGACUGGCUUCAGCUCUGUGCUCCAGCGUCCCCGCGCCCUGUUACUACGUCACUGCCACCCCCAGCACGUAACAAUCGCCUUCCUCCUCCUGCUUGGGGGGCCGGUGCUAACGUCACCUUUGCCCUGAUGAUGUCAGGACGUCUAACGUUGUCUAGCUACAUUGCCUUACCAUCUCCCCUCUACCAUAUUUUUUUCAUGAGCCUCAUCGUUCAACUUCAUGAUGUCAUAGACGUCUUGCACUCCAUCAUAACAGUCCGAGAUACUCUGCUCUUGUCUCCUUUUGGAGUCACACUCACUCUUACUGCCAGCCAGAGGGCUUGUUUUCCUUACCCCUCCCCGAAAAGUCACGUUUGGCAGAGCUGGAGAGAGGAAAUAAGGGUGUGCUGGGGAAACUGCUGGGGGCCAAUGCUUGGAAGAAAAGAAUAGUAAAGUUAGGGACUCCCAAAGAUAGGGAGAAGAAUGGUAAUUCCCACAGUUUGCCUCUCAUCCACUGGCACUUUCAGAGAAGGAAGAGAAUCUGUUUCAUCACUCACAGAGGCUGGGUGGUCCUUCCCUUUUCCCAUCCUAAUGCCCUGUUCAAUAUUGGCUCCUAAGCUACAGAGACUACAACUCUUCCCCAGGCCUUCCUGAAAAGAAGCAGGGUGGCAUCCUCAUCCCAAUUCAAGUCCUGGAAAGAGUGAGGCAUGAAUGACCAUGAGGAAAUAUAUGAAAAAAAUUGGUGAGGAAUAGGCUUAGAAGAAAGAUGAAGAGCAACUCUAGGAGAGAAGAAUGAUUGGGACAAAUUGGAGGAUGGGAAAAAAUAGUAGCUACAGAUUUGAAAAUAAAUGCAUAUAUGUGACAUACUAUAUUGAGCCUCCAGAAGGUGAAUGAUGGCAGAUACAGGCCUGAUUGAGGCAGGGGCCUCAGCGGCCUCAGCGGCUACAGCUCUGGAGAACUUACAGGUAGAGGCAAGUUGUUCAGUGUGCCUGGAGUACCUGAAGGAGCCUGUCAUCAUUGAAUGUGGGCACAAUUUCUGUCGGGCCUGCAUUACCCGUUGGUGGGAAGAACUGGAAAGAGAUUUCCCCUGUCCUGUUUGUCGCAAAACAUCACGUUAUCGCAGCCUCCGGCCCAACAGGCAACUGGGCAACAUGGUGGAAAUUGCCAAACAGCUACAAGCUGUCAAGCGGAAGACCCGGGAUGAGAGCCUCUGCCCCCAGCACCAUGAAGCCCUUAACCUCUUUUGCUGCGAGGACCAGGAACCUGUAUGCUUGGUGUGUGAGAUCUCCCAUGCCCACCGGGCUCACACCAUCGUGCCACUGGAUGAUGCUGCACAGGAGUACAAGGAGAAGCUGCAAAAAUGUCUGGAGCCUCUGGAGCAGAAACUGCAGGAGAUCACCCAAUGCAAGUCAUCUGAAGAGAAGAAACCUGGGGAACUCAAGCGUCGAGUGGAGAGUAGGCGGCAGCAAAUUGCUGGAGAGUUUGAGGAAUUACAUAGACGGCUAGAAGAAGAACAGCAGCUUCUGCUUUCUCGAUUGGAGGAAGAGGAGCAAGACAUCCUGCAGAGGCUUAGGGAAAAUGCUGCACAGCUUGGGGAACAACGUCGAGACCUUGCCCGCCUUGCUGCUGAAAUAGAGGGCAAGUGCCUACAAUCAGGUUUUGAGAUGCUCAAGGAUGUCAAAAGCACCCUGGAAAAAUGUGAGAAGGUGAAGACCAUGGAGGUGACCUCGGUCUCCAUUGAGCUGGAAAAGAACUUCAGCAGCUUUCCCCGACAGUACUUUGCCCUAAGGAAGAUCCUUAAACAGCUGAUGGCGGAUGUCAUCCUGGAUCCAGAGACAGCUCACCCUAACUUAGUCCUGUCAGAGGACCGAAAAAGCGUCAAGUUUGUGGAAACUCGGCUCCGGGAUUUGCCUGAUACUCCUCGGCGCUUUACUUUUUACCCCUGUGUCCUGGCCACAGAGGGCUUCACUUCAGGUCGUCACUACUGGGAGGUGGAAGUGGGUGAUAAAACCCACUGGGCAGUAGGUGUGUGCCAGGACUCUGUGAGCCGAAAAGGCGAGCUAACUCCACUGCCUGAGACUGGAUACUGGAGGGUUCGACUGUGGAAUGGGGAUAAAUAUGCAGCCACAACUUCACCUUUCACCCCUCUCUGCAUAAAAGUGAAACCCAAGCGGGUGGGUGUAUUCCUGGACUAUGAGGCUGGCACACUGUCUUUCUACAAUGUUACUGACCGCUCGCACAUCUAUACUUUUACUGACACCUUUACUGAAAAACUUUGGCCCCUUUUCUACCCGGGUAUCCGAGCAGGACGGAAGAAUGCAGCACCUCUUACCAUCCGGCCUCCAACAGAUUGGGAAUGAUGAUGGGAAGGGACAGGGUGGGAUGUUAAAGUAAUGAUGGUGAUAGGGGAGACAGGUAUUUGGAACUGUGUCUCUUAAUUUCCUGUGUCCUGCUGCUAGAAGUUUCCUUACUAUCAGGCUUAUGUCCUGUAUCCUGGAGAAGGUGAAGUAGUAGGGAAGAUUAUCGUAGGAAAGAUACUGGGCCUGCAAGAGAGUCUUAGAGAUCACACACCUAAAGACUGAUUUCUUCCCAUUUUGUGAAGAUGGGGGAGAGGUUUACUGAAGGAGAGAAUGUCUUGGUUGCCUGCUCUUUGCUUCACCAGUUUCCUCAUUGCCAGAGGACUUUAGGGGGCCCAAUUCCCUCCAAAACAGAAAUAGGUGCAGGGAACCCUGAAGUCUCUGUUCACCCAUUUGGGGUGAUUCUAUAUGUCCAGGACAGUUUUGUUCAUUUGAGGGAAGCAGGAUAAUCUCUGUAUCCCUAGAAUGAAAUAAAGGUGAAUUGUCAGUCACAUGGGAAGAAGAGUGUUAAAGUUGGUCUGGGUCAAAGCUAAAAGAAGAUUGGGAAAGGAAAGUUGGGAAAAGAGGGUUGAAGACAAGCUAGAGAUUCCAGCUACAGGGAAGGAUACAAAAUGAGUCUCCUGGUUAUACCCUAGCUAGGUGUAGUAGAGAGAAAGAAAAAGUUGAUACCUUCUCCAGCUUUCUUGAAGUUAUACUGUCUCAAGCACAUCACUGGUGAAGGUAAUGAAAAUUACAGGCAGAGAAAUGUUUGGAGCCCAGAAAUGCAAACACACUCCCCAAGAUGACUCAGGAAUUAUGAUGAAAGAAUUAUUUGUUUUUCCUGGCUAUAAAAAGGAUUUGAAUAUAUGGAACUAUAGCACAAAAGUGGGAAAGUAGUAUGGUAAUGGAUGGAGGGUAGGGAAAGCACUGGAUUUGAACUUGAGAAACAGAUUCAAAUCCUGAUUCUGCCAUUUUAGUAGCCACAUGAGCUUGGACCAGUCCCUUGCUCACUCUUAAUUGAUUAGUUACCUCAUCUGUCAAAUAAUGGGAUUGAACUAGAAAUCUGAGAUCCCUUCUAUAUAAUACUAAUUGUAAUAUUAAUGGAACCAGAAAUAUUCGUCUCUCAUUCACUUCCUACGUUUGGGGCUGGCAGGAUGGGUAAGGUGGGACCAGGCAGCACUUUUAACCUCAUUACUAAGGUUUCCAACAAUGUUUUUAAAUCCUGAACCCACACUUGUAUCUAAAUCUCUUACCUGUCGUCAUAUCUAAUUUACUGCCAUGUUCAAACUAAGGCUCGCCAAAGUAGAAUGAAGGCAGAUAUGUUGCCAAAAGCAUACACAGUCUGUGGCUAUUGAUAAGAUUUUGUAUACAAGCAAGCAUCACUGUCACAAGCUUAUUGAGUGAGUGAAUCGAUUUGUCCUGGCUCCCUUCAACCUCCCCUGCACCUCCAAGCCAAAAAAAGUUUUCUCACAGUA